AUGGGCAAGCUCAACCAACCGCAGCCCAGUCCACUCAAUUCCGACUCAACUCCGCUGGGCCAUGAUCUGCGCACAGAUGAGAACAAGAAUGAACACGAACCAGAGUGGGUGCAUGGAAUAUCACUGGUCAUGGUAAUCUCAGGCAUUACCCUGGUAGUGUUCCUAAUGCUGUUGGAUAUGUCAAUUGUGUCGACGGCAAUCCCUGAAAUCACCGCUCAAUUCAGCUCGCUCGACGAUGUUGCGUGGUAUGGAAGUGCGUAUACAAUCUCUAGUGCUGCACUCCAGCCCCUAACCGGAAAGUUCUACACCUACUUCUCAUCAAAGUGGACUUUCCUCUCUUUUUUCGGUGUAUUUGAAAUAGGCUCUCUCAUCUGCGGAGUCGCAGGCUCAUCCAGUAUGCUUAUUGUCGGCCGCGCGGUAGCUGGGAUGGGCUCGUCGGGCAUGCUGAAUGGGGCGCUGAAUAUCCUGGCCGGUGCAGUGCCGAUCGAGAAGCGGCCAGCAAUGAUUGGGAUUAUAAUGGGAGUCGGUCAGUUAGGGCUGGUAGGGGGACCACUUAUUGGCGGUGCCUUUACGACCUACUCGAGUUGGCGAUGGUGUAAGGAUCCCAGCCCAGCUGAAGGAAUUCUUUCCUUUGCCGAACCCAUUACUAAUGCGUUACACUCAGGCUUCUACAUGAACCUCCCCAUUGGUGCAUUAGUGGGCGCCCUACUCCUUUUCACGCGCAUCCCGGACCAAAGACCCAAACAGCCCCCGCGAGAAGUAUUUCGUACAGGCAUUCUGCUGCGAAAACUCGACUUGUUUGGGUUUGUGCUGUUUUCUCCGGCCUCAAUAAUGCUCCUUUUGGCCCUCCAAUACGGCGGUAAUGGCAGUUACCCGUGGGACAGUGCAACUGUCAUUGGACUAUUCUGCGGAUCCGCUGCAACCUUUGUCCUCUUCGCUCUCUGGGAACGGCAUAUGGGCGUUGAUGCGAUGGUCCCCGGCCAUCUAAUAGGCGACCGCAUCAUCUUGUGUGCCAGUCUGCUCUCGAUGAUGAUCUUCGGUUUCACGAUGACCCUUUCCUACUACCUUCCCAUCUACUUCCAGUCCGUGAGGGAUGAUUCAGCCCUCAUCAGCGGCGUCAACCUGCUGCCCAAUAUACUGUGCCAACUGGUUAUGGCUGUGGUAUCGGGGUUAUUAACCUCGAAGCUGGGCUACUAUGCUCCAUGGGCUGUCUUAGGAGCCAUGCUAAACGCCGUGGGUAAUGGCCUCCUCUCGACUCUAUCUCCCAGCACGUCAGUGCCCGCCUGGGCCGGCUACCAAGCACUAGUAGGCCUCGGCCGGGGCGCCAUCUCGCAAGUGCCCAUGAUCGCCAUCCAAAACGCCCCAGCCGCCAAAGCCGACGACAUCUCCACGGCAAUGGCAAUAAUGACCUGCGCCCAGACAUUCGGCGGCGCAAUCUUCCUGGCCGUUGGGGAGGUGAUUUUUGCACAGGCUCUGAGGGCAAAGAUCCCCGGGUAUGCGCCCUCUGUGGACGUCGAGGCCGUCAUUGAGGCUGGGGCCACGGGGUUCCGGGAUGUGGUGACGGCGCAGGAGCUGCGCGGUGUUUUGAUGGCUUAUGCGGGGAGUAUAGACCGGGUGUUUUAUUUGAAUGUGGCGCUGUCGUGUGUGCAGUUUGUGCUUUCUUGGGGGGUUGGAUGGCGGAGUGUGAAGAGGAAGGGCGACGAGGGGGGAGCGGGGGAGGUUGAGAAGCAAAAGCAGAAUGAAGAGGUAUAG